CAGACAGGAAGUUGGUUCUAUUUUUUGACAGGCGAUGAAAUAUUGUUAAUUUUGCAUCAAAUAUCGAGUAUUUAUGGAUAUUGCAUGGAAUGCAUAGUUCCCCAUUGCAAUUCGGCUACAUGGGCACAGCAAUAACUUCAAUUUGAUGAAUAAGGAGUCGAUUCUAAGUUUCAGUCGACAAAGGAAAAUAAAUUGAGACAGUAUGAAUAAUCAUCAUUCAAAUAUGAGUUCUGAGGAUUUUGAGUUUUACACCAAAUCACCAUCCCUAACAACAGACUCAGUUCAUCCUCCACCUUUACCAGGAUUACCUCCCUUUGGAAAAACUUGCACAAGUGUAGAAAUAUCACCAGAUAUAUCCCAACCAUCGCUCAUAUCUGAGAAUGGCAUAAAGAAAAUUAUGGAAAUUUGUGAAAAUCAUGUGAUAGGUCAGACACGAUCUGUUCAAGAAAUCGUCAAUAUUUGUUCAAAAAUGGCCGGCUAUGAAUAUUACUGUAACCAAAUCGUGGCGUUUUGUAACCAGAUUUUCUCUGAGACACUAACCUCUAGUCACACAAUAAUUAACUUGUGUAAAUCAUUUACACAUUUAGAUCUAACUGUAACUGUAAAAGAUUCUGUCUCAAAAAAUGACUUGGUUCUCCGUAAUAUCAAGGAAGAAGCACCUUCGACAUCAGAAGAAAAAUUGGACAGUGUUGUGGAACAGGAAGGUAACAAUUCAGAAAUAGCUGAGCCUUUUGGAUCGUUAGAAACAUCUGUCACAGAUUUUUUAGAUUCUGAAAAGACAUUUACGAGUUCUAAUUCUAAGAAAAAGCCACGAAAAUCUCACCCCGUGAAAUUACAGACGGUAGAACAGGAGACGUCUGCUGAAGAACUAAGUGACCAAGAAUCGGAAUCAGAACAUUACAGCAGUGAUCCGGACUGGACGACCGAUCUCAGUUCAACUGCCAGCCCAGAAAAGAAAUCCCCAAAACGAUUAAGCUCGACCAAGAAAACAAAUAAAAAUGUUUGUGAUCCGAUAGUUCUGUCUAUAAAGAAAUCCUCAAUUCCAAAGAAAAAAUCUGACAAACCGGUGUACAAUUGUUCAUUCUGUUCCAAGAAAUUCAGAUUAAAACACAACAUGCUUCGACAUAAAUUACUUCACGAGAAACAAGAUUUUCCUCGUAAAAAGACAGAAAAGAAAGAAUAUAAAUGUGAACUCUGUGGUCUCGUUUGUCCGUAUAAUGCAGCGUUUUUACGUCACAUGCGUUCACACACGGGGGAGAAGCCUUUCGUGUGUGAAGUGUGUGGAAGCGCCUACGCCGAUAACCAGAGUCUGAAAAAUCACCAGUUGACUCAUUCUGAUAAUAAACCGGUUGCUUGUGAACUUUGUUCGUACAGAUGUCGAAGUAAAAAACAAUUAAAGCAUCACAUGAUCGUUCAUUCUAACGAGAAGAAAUAUCAGUGUGAUGAAUGUGGCAAACAAUUCGCACGUAAUGACGAUCUAAAACGACAUAAACUAGGCCACUCUGGCGUUAAAAACUAUGCUUGCGAACAAUGUGGCAAGCGCUUUGCUCGAAAUAAUCAUCUGAAAGAACAUCGAGCAAUUCACAACGACGAGAUGCCGUAUUCAUGUGAGAUUUGCGGAAAGCAGUCGCGACAAGCGUAUAAUAUUGUUGUACAUAUGAGAACACACACUGGGCACAAACCGUUUGCAUGUGAAAAGUGCGGGAAAAAGUUUGCCCAUAAUGUAUCACUACGGCAACAUCGGAACACCUGCCCAGGUAGUGAUAUGUUGUCAGGACAACAACAAACAAAAGUUGAUUUACCAAGGCAACAUACUGGGUCCAGAUUACAAGGAAAAAUGGACAUGUUGACUGGUCAAUCAAGAAAUAUAGACAUCAUGACUGGACAACCAAGUAAAAUAGUGAGAUUGCCUGCUGGACAGCAAGAGGAUAAAUUAGACUUGUUGUCAGGACAACCAGGAAGAGGAGAUGGACCAUCGUCUACAUUUAACCCUUUAAAUUAUUUAUAUGGAAAUAUUCCUUCUUUAUAAACUUUAUUAAUAUUUGUUUGUUGUAUAUUAGGAUGUUACAUUGUAAAUGUAUACCCCUAAAAAUUACAUGUAAUUUAAAUAUCUAAAACUAAACUUCGAUUCACUGAUUUUUAAUUUUUUACACUUAACAAUUGUUACUAUAUAUAUUUUUGUUAUGAUAAAGUAUGAUUUUAAUGGAUAAAGGCCUCACCAAUUUCAGUUUUCAGUUCUUCAGGAUCAAUUAAUAACAUUUACUUGCUCUUUUCUAAAUUCUUGGCAUCAAUUUUUAAAUUUUAAGAAAAAAAAUCCAACAAACAUCUCUCACAGUUUGUCAGUGGCUAGUUAUGAAGAUCUCAAAGAAACUAAAAAUUGAAUUGGAUUGACCUAUAAUAAGUUAUGUAUUCCCCCUAUACUUGUGAUCCCUUGUUGUUAAAUAUUAUAUGUAAAAGGUAUUUAUAUUUCUAUUACUGUCAGGUUUCUUGUAGGCCUAUAUACAAGACUGGACCCAAAGCACCUGUCACAGACUUCGUCAGACACAAAUAAUUUGUGCAAUAAUUUGUGCCUGACAAAGGCUGUGACGGGUGCCUUAUAUCCAGGCUUUUCUUUGUACAUGUAUAAGGAACUCUUUUCCUAAAUGUAAUAUACUCCAUUCCCAAGUUGUAUGGUAAAAAGAACUUUUUAAAAUGAAAAUAUAAAAUUUUAUCCAUUAAAGAUGGGUUCCCAGAAAAGUAUUUAUCGGGUGGUUAUUUCCAAUAAAAGUAUGGCAAUUUUGGUAUAUAUGCAGGGCUGUCGGUAAUUUUUCACAGUUGAUUAGCAGCACUGCUAAUCAAAAAGUCCAAUUUUGCCAAAUUUGAUUAGCAGUUUUUCAGUUUCAACGUAAAACACCUAAAUAACAAGAUAUUACUUUAAUUCAUAACAAAUAUGAUUAGAUUCCAUUCUGACUAUUCUUUAAAUUCUUAGAUUUUUUAGCACUGCCACAAGUACUUGUGACAGUUUGUGAAUGUGAUGUAGACAUUUAGUUAGGUCUUAUGUCUGAAGCCAAUUCUUGACAGUGACUUCCGAAGCUCCACUCAAUUUAAUUGUUAUUUUUUGUCACGUUAGAAAUCUUCGUUAGAAAACAAUUUGUCUGCUUUUUAUCGUGUAUUAGUUUACUAUUUUUGUUCAAUCGGGCGCACCUCGA